UUUUUUUUUUACUCUUUAAUAAUAUUAUGUCAUCCAAAGGAAAAGAACAAGAACUUAAAAAGAAUAUUAGUAAAGCAACUGAAACAGCUCAAGAAAAUAUUGAUAAAGCAUCAAAUGCAACUCAAGAAGGAUUAGAAAAAGCAUCCAAAACAGCACAAGAAGAAGUGGUCAGAUUACGACAAGAAUUGGAUGAUCUUCGAUCUAAAGCAAAUCCUAAAAUUAGGAAAGCUGAAGACUUUUUAACAUCACCUACAUCAUGUAGUUUUUAUCAAGGUGUCUUGGUUGGUGCUGGUCUUGUUUUCUUGUAUGCGAAAUACAUUGCUCCUCCAAAUAGUGGGUUGAAACUUUAAUGAUGAUAAUAGAUAGUAUGAUGAUCAAGCUGUAUCUAUUGUGCAAUUAUAAUAAAAUUAUUAUUUAGUUCAAUGUUGACCAAUUUCAAUAUAUUGAUUGAUGGAUUCAAAUAAAUCAUCCAUUCUUCUUCAGAAGAAAAUACCAGUUAAGGAUCAAAAAAACGCGGAGAUGAAAUCUUGUAAAUUG